UGAGACUUCCGGCGCGUCCAUGGCGUCAUCUGUGCCCGCGAUAAGGAUAACUUUCGUCGGAAGUGUGGCCCGAGGUCGGAAAUCAUCGGGAUGGCACUCUUGCGCCUGGCCACGGUGAGAUGACCCCAGCAAGUCUCUGUGUCUGCCUGAGGACCACUGGUUGUCCCUCUGCACAGCCUGGGUACUGGCCAAGCUGUCCCGCCCUCCUGCUGGUCUACCUGGUAACUGGGAGCUUCUCAGGUUACCCAGAGGAUCGCUUUGCCUUCGAAACUCCAGCUGUCCCCUCCAAGGCAUCAGUAACUGAUGCCAAAGCCCUGAGCGACACAGAGCCGACAGAAAGCUGGUGUCCCUAGAUGCUCUACAAAUGUUUGGCCUUGUCCUCUGACCACCACAGUCCUCAGAGUGGCAGCGGUUCCGACACAGCAGCAAUGCCAGCCACCAACCAAGGUUGGCCUGAGGACUUCGGCUUCCAGCUGGCCGGCUCUGGGCCCUGCUUCGUGAUGGAGGUGGCUGAAGGAAGCAGCGCGCACGCCGGGGGACUGCGGCCGGGGGACCAGAUUCUGGAGGUGGAGGGGCUGGCUGUGGGUGGCCUGAGCAGAGAGCACCUCGUGCGCUUGGCACGACGCUGCCCUCGAGUGCCACCCAGCCUCGGUGUACUCCCUGGCCCCGAGGGUGGCCCCACAGCCUUGACAGCAGCCUGGCUAGCCCCACGAUUUGGCCGCAGCCUCCCGCUGGGCCGCGAACUGCUGCGUUUGGCUGGCCGCCCCAGACCAGACGCUGUGCACAGAGAGCGCAGGCGCAAGGCCCAGGAGUUCAGCUGCAAGGUAGAUGACAUCUUGGGGGACCAGCCAAUAGCCAAAGAGCAGGUGUUCGCUGCACUGAAGCAGUUUGCUGCUGAGCAACAAGUGGAUGAGCUGGUGUGGGCUCUUACUCUGGUGCUGCCCAUCGAGGCCCAGGGGCCAGUCCUGGACAACCUCAGGAUCUUUAUCCCCAAGAAGCACCGGGCACGCUUCGACGAGGUGGUGUCGCAGGGUCUGCUGGGCAAGCUGUGCCGUGCUCGGAGGGCGCAGGGCGCGCAGCGUUUGCGCCGGAGCCGCAGCGAGGAGCGUCCCGAGCGCCUCCUAGUGUCCACGCGCGCCAGCGCCGCGCCGCGCCGUCCUGAUGAGCCGCCCCCGCGCAAGGCGGCCUCGCUGCUGGGCGGCCGCACCGGCCCUGGGGGCCCUCGCAGGACUGUUCGAGUCUACAAGGGCAACAAGAGUUUCGGCUUCACUCUGCGCGGUCAUGGACCAGUCUGGAUUGAAUCUGUCCUGCCUGGCAGCCCCGCUGAAAAUGCCUCCCUCAAGUCAGGUGACCGGAUCCUCUUUCUCAAUGGACUGGACAUGAGGAACUGCUCCCACGACAAGGUGGUGUCCAUGUUGCAAGGCAGUGGCGCAAUGCCCACGCUGGUGGUAGAGGAAGGACCUGUCCCUUUCGCCAGCGAUUCAGACUCUUUGGAUUCCCCGACCCGGUCAUCGGCUCUCACCUCACUGCAGUGGGUGGCGGACAUCCUGCCUUCCAGUAUCCGAGUCCAGGGGAGGACCUUCAGCCAGCAGCUGGACCACCUCCUCACUCCUCCCGAGCGCUAUGGAGUCUGCCGGGCUCUUGAGAGCUUCUUCCAGCACAGGAACAUUGACACCCUCAUUGUCGACGUGUACCCCGUUCUGGACACACCUGCUAAGCAGGUGCUCUGGCAGUUCCUCUACCAGCUGUUGACCUAUGAAGAGCAGGAGCUGUGUCAGGAGAAGAUCGCGUGCUUCCUGGGCUACACGGCCAUGACAGAACCUGAAUCCUCACUGGACCUGGAGCCAGAGUCCACACCAGAGCCCACACCAGAGCCACAGCCACGGAGUUCCCAGAGAGCUUCUUCCAUGUGCCGUCGCAGCCUGCGCUCCCAGGGCCUGGAGGCCAGCCUUAGCUGUGGUCCUGGUGAUUGCCCUGAGAUGCCUCUACCUCUGAUCCCAGGCGAGCGUCAGGCUGGUGAUGGCACAUCCCUCCCAGAGACCCCCAACCCCAAAAUGAUGUCAGCUGUCUACGCAGAGCUUGAGUCACGACUGAACAGCAGCUUCAAAGGGAAGAUAGGGACUGUGUCCAAAUCCCGGGCCUCUCCGCCAGUCCCCAGCCUGGUAGGCACAGCAGGGCCCAGGACCCUGUCUGGAGUCUCGUGGCCCGGCGAGCGGCUCCUGCCCUCUCCCUGCUAUGACCCGCUGUGCUCUGGGGGUCUGGCCUCCCCCAGCAGCUCCGAGUCCCACCCGUACGCCAGCUUGGACAGCAGCAGGGCACCCUCCCCACAGCCAGGCCUUGGAUCCAUCCACCCGGACAGCCCCCCAAGCCCAGACCCCAUCCGGCCGCCCAGCCGCAGGAAGCUCUUUGCCUUCUCCCGCCCCGUGCGGAGCCGAGACACCGACCGCUUCCUGGAUGUGCUGAGCGAGCAGCUGGGUCCUCGGGUCACCAUCGUGGAUGACUUCCUGACACCGGAGAAUGACUAUGAAGAGAUGAGCUUCCACGAUGACCAGGGCAGCUUUGUGACCAAUGAGAGAAGCAGCGCCAGCGACUGCAUCAGCAGCAGCGAGGAGGGUAGUUCUCUGACCUACUCCUCCAUCUCCGACCACAUCCCCCCGCCCCCGCUCAGUCCACCACCACCACCACCCCUGCCUUUCCACGACCCCAAACCCAGCUCCCGCGCCUCCGAUGGUCCCCGAGGACCUCCUCAGUCAUUGACCAAACCCCUCACCCAGCUCAGCCACCCAGUCCCACCCCCACCUCCACCACCCCUACCCCCACCCGUGCCCUGCGCACCCCCCAUGAUAUCCCGGGGCGUGGGCCACCGCCGGAGCGAGACCAGCCACAUGAGUGUCAAGCGCUUGCGCUGGGAACAGGUGGAGAACUCAGAAGGCACUAUCUGGGGUCAGCUUGGGGAGGACUCUGACUAUGAUAAGCUGAGUGACAUGGUGAAAUACCUGGACCUGGAGCUCCACUUCGGCACCCAGAAACCUUCGAAGCCAGUGCCCGGCCCCGAGCCCUUCAGGAAGAAGGAAGUGGUGGAGAUCUUGUCCCACAAGAAGGCCUACAAUACCUCCAUCCUCCUAGCUCACCUGAAGCUGACCCCCAGCGAGCUGCGGCAAGUGCUCAUGAGCAUGGAGCCCCGGCGCCUGGAGCCUGCGCAUCUGGCGCAGCUGCUGCUCUUCGCUCCCGACGCCGACGAGGAGCAGCGCUACCAGGCUUUCCGCGAGGCUCCGGGCCGCCUUAGUGAGCCCGACCAGUUCGUCCUGCAGAUGCUGUCGGUUCCCGAAUACAAGACCCGCCUGCGCAGUCUACAUUUCCAGGCCACCUUACAGGAGAAGACAGAGGACAUUCGAGGCAGCCUCGAGUGCCUGCGACAAGCAUCCCUGGAGCUCAAAAACAGCCGGAAACUUGCCAAGAUCCUGGAGUUUGUGUUGGCCAUGGGUAACUAUCUCAACGAUGGACAGCCCAAGACCAACAAGACCACUGGCUUCAAGAUCAACUUCCUGACAGAGCUAAACUCCACCAAGACAGUGGAUGGGAAAUCCACCUUUCUUCACAUCCUUGCCAAAUCACUAAGCCAGCACUUCCCUGAGCUCCUGGGCUUUGCCCAGGACCUGCCCACUGUGCCCCUGGCUGCUAAAGUGAACCAACGAGCCCUGACUGGUGACCUGGCUGACCUCCAUGGCACGGUCAGUGAGAUUCAGGUGGCCUGCCAGAGCAUGUCCCCCUCCAGUGAGGACAGGUUUGCUGUGGUCAUGGCUUCCUUCCUGGAAACGGCACAGCCAGCUCUGCGGGCGCUGGACGGGCUGCAGCGGGAGGCCAUGGAAGAGCUAGGGAAGGCGCUGGCCUUCUUCGGAGAGGACUCCAAGGCCACUACCUCAGAGGCCUUCUUUGGCAUCUUUUCAGAAUUCAUGAGCAAAUUUGAGAGAGCGCUCAGCGACCUGCAGGCAGGGGAUGGCCCACGCAGCUCCGGGAUGGUUUCACCCCUGGCCUGGUGAUAACUGCCACCAAGCAUCUUCUGCAGUCUUGAGCACGGAGGCUGAUGCUGGAGGCUGCAACCCCCGAAGGAUGUCACAGGGUACUUGAUCAUGCAGCUUGGCUGCAGGAAGGGCUUGGGUGCGGUGAGGGCCGCAGCCCUGUAUCUCCAGCUACCUCAGCUGCUGAGCUCCGCCUGGCCCUCUUCCGCCCAUUCUCCUUGGUCUCCCAGACAGCCUACCUGGCUUCCCGUGGCCACACCCUGCCUCGAUGCCCACAAUGGUGAAUAAAAUGCUGCUGUGUGUCAGGGGAUAUCCCACCUGAGGGUGGAUUGCAAAGUGGCCACUGGCCUGGA